GAAGUAGCAAUAAUAGUUGGUGGUUACAGGAUUAUGGGUCAUUGCCGGGAAGCUGGAAGGAUAAACAGUGGCUCAGCAUGUUUGGUAAUGGGAGAACACAACAAAAGAGGUCUUGAAAAACCUCCAAGUUCAAGCUACCACCAAGAUGUUCAGUAAACAAUGAGUGACUUUCUUAUGUCAGCAUUAAGCUGUCCACUGCUAACUGUGAGAGCAGGAGGUGGCAGGAGAAGCUUAGCUGCACCCUUCUGUCCUCCAAGUAAAUCUUCAUGUGUCUGACCAGGGUGAAGGACUAAGGAAGGACUAAUUAAGGUGGAUUUUGCAUUUGCAGACUGACUGAAGAUCCAUACUAUAGAUUUAAUGAUGUGAUGUACAGAUGGAUCUCACUAGAUAACUGGACUUACAGCAGGACGUUCAAAACUCCUUUUGACAUCAGAAAGUGGCAGAAAGUGAAUUUGGUUUUUGAGGGAGUAGAUACAGUAGCACAGAUCCUGCUCAACAAUGUCACUCUCGGGAGAACAGACAAUAUGUUCAACAGAUAUAGCUUUGAUAUUAGCAGUGUGAUCCAGGAGGUCAAUUGCGUUGAGGUCCGUUUCUUGUCAGCCGUUUCAUAUGCAGCGGAGCAGAGCAGAUGUCACAAAGCACACAGCAUCCCCCCGGCGUGCCCUCCACCUGUACAGAAAGGAGAGUGCCAUGUUAAUUUCAUCAGAAAGGAGCAAUGCUCAUUUAGUUGGGAUUGGGGCCCUUCUUUUCCCACUCAAGGAAUCUGGAAAGAUGUUAGGAUUGAGGCCUAUAACCAUUAUCAUCUGAUUUAUUUUUCUAUAACUCCUCUCUUUGAAAAGAGUGCUCAGCAGUGGUGUCUUGAAGUCGAGUCUAUUUUUGAUGUAGUCAGCUCCAAGCCAAUUGCAGGUCUUGUGACUGUGAACAUUCCCAAGUUACAAACGCAGCAAACGUUCAAUGUGAAGCUUCAACCUGGAGAAGGCAGCAUUGUGCUGCUUGUAAACAUCAACAAGAGUGCUGCAUUGGAGGCUUGGUGGCCAAAUGGACAUGGAAAGCAAACUGGAUACAACAUGACAACAACUUUCAUGAUGGAGGCAGGAUGUCAGAUUGAGAAGUUUUCAAAGGUUUAUUUUCGGACAGUAGAACUUAUUCAGGAGCCUAUUCCUGGCUCACCGGGUCUGAGUUUCUACUUCAGAAUCAAUGGCCGACCCAUUUUUAUUAAGGGCUCAAACUGGAUUCCAGCAGAUUCUUUCCAGGACAGAGUGACCUCUGACACACUAAGGCUACUCUUGAAGUCUGCAGCAGAUGCUAACAUGAAUGCCCUUCGGGUUUGGGGAGGAGGAGUAUAUGAACAAGAUGAAUUUUACGAUAUUUGUGAUGAAAUGGGAAUAAUGAUUUGGCAGGAUUUCAUGUUUGCGUGUGCACUAUAUCCAACCAACCAGAAUUUUUUAGAAUCCGUAAGAGCGGAAGUUUCUCAUCAGGUGCGACGCUUAAAAUCUCAUCCAUCAAUUAUUCUGUGGAGUGGUAACAAUGAAAAUGAAGCAGCAAUUGCAAGCAACUGGUUCUCCAUACCUUAUCCUGACAUAGGAGUCUAUAUCGCAGACUAUGUGACCCUUUAUGUGAAGAACAUACGUGAAAUAGUUCUUCGUGAAGAUAAGAGUCGUCCUUUUGUGACAUCCAGUCCCACCAAUGGCUUGGAGUCAGUCAAAGAAGGCUGGCUCUCCCACAAUCCUUAUGACACCCAUUAUGGUGACACACACUUCUAUGACUACAGCAAUGACUGCUGGAACUGGACAAUGUAUCCUAAAACUCGUUUUGCUUCAGAGUAUGGAUUUCAGUCCUGGCCUUCCUUCAGUACCAUUGAAAAGGUUUCCUCCCCUGAGGACUGGUCCUACACAAGCAAUUUUUCUCUCCAUCGGCAGCACCAUGAAGGUGGCAAUAUUCAGAUGCUUCAAGAGAUUGGGCGUCAUUUCAAACUUCCCCAGAGCCCAGAUCCUGUAAAGCAGUUCAAGGAUAUGAUUUACCUCACUCAGGUGAUGCAGGCUCAGUGUAUAAAGACAGAAACUGAAUUCUAUCGUUUUAGUCAAAGUGAAAUAAUCAAUGGAGAAGGACACACCAUGGGAGCUCUGUACUGGCAACUCAAUGACAUUUGGCAGGCACCUUCGUGGGCUUCCUUGGAGUAUGGUGGUAAGUGGAAACUGCUCCAUUAUUUUGCCCAGAACUUCUUUGCACCACUGCUGCCUGUGGCCUAUGAAGACAAAGGGAUGUUGCACAUUUAUGGUGUCUCAGAUCUUCAUGAGGACCACAAGGUGACUUUGAGGGUCACAGUGCACGCCUGGAGCUCUUUGGAGCCCGUAUGCACCCUUGCCAAAGAAGGUGUGACUGUUAAAGCACAGAGUGCUGUCCCCAUCUACAAGGAGUCCAUCUGUGACCUUCUGGGAAGAUGCAGAAAUUGUACCAGGGAAAGCUGUGUUAUUACUUUCUGUCUCAUGGGAGAAGAUGGGCUCCAGAGUCCUAGGAACCAUUACUUCCUUUCAUCACUCAAGGAUGCCGUGGGAUUAGAGAAGACCCAGCUUAGUGCCUCUGUGUCCCAACAAGAUGACAUUUAUAUAUUUGUUCUUCAGACCACUGCAGUUGCUCCUUUUGUUACUCUGGAUGUAGGGAGUAUAAAAGGCAGAUUUAGUGAUAAUGGUUUCCUUAUGACUGAAAAGAAGAAAACAGUUGUGUUUUAUCCUUGGGAACCUACUACUGUUGAAGAGCUAGAAAGUUCACUAAUCUUGACCUCUCUACUGGAUGUUGUCUGAGAAUACUUCAUUUCAUUCUAGAUAAAGAGUGAAACAGGAGGAGAAAUAAAAAUUAGAAGAAUUUGAUUGAAGCUCUGAAGUGACGUGCACUUGGAGCUGGCUGAAGAACAUACUGUGUCUUCCUGUCUCGUGAAUUUUAACUGCUGGUUCAUAGUAAAGAUACCAACAGCAAAGCUUACAUAUAAUAUAUGUGGUGUAUUGAAAACACAUCCAUAUUUUUUUCUAGUUUCACUAUGCUGUGAGUGGAAAUUCAGUUUAGGAUAACAGCAAGGUGUAUGCUGGGAGCAAGGCAGAAGGGUAGGGAGUGAAACUGGGACUGCCUCCAGCCACUCCAUGGGCAGGUUGCUAAACAUUUGGCUUGUCUGUCAGCCGUGGUUUGGAAUGCAGCUGGGAUCUUGCUGGGGUUCCACAAGGAUCUCUGUCCACCCAAGCAAAUAUUAAUUUUCUUGCAAAGCAGAAUGAGCAUCGCAGUAGGUGGAGUUUGAAGGAGCUCUGCCACUGAUGUCCAUCGCUGUUGUCAAAGCAGCACGUGGGCAUUACUCAGUGGUGGUGUGGGGGGUCUGGGGCACGUGUGGGGGGAGCAGCUGUGUGUUCCACUGGAGAACUCAGACUCAGUUUGAGUUGUGAUCACAGUUUUAAUUAGCAUGUUGGUACCUUGGUGUUAACCAAAACUGACAUACUCCUGAGUGAGAGGAAAAACUUACAGAUGAAAGGGAAAUGAUUAAUGAGAGUUUCUUACAGUUGCUUUAUUGAGUCACCAAAACAACUAACUGCAGUUGCAUCUGGUUCAAAACAAGUCCUAGUUAAAAGAAGACAUGAAAACAAUCAAAAUAUGGGUGUGUAUGUGCCAAUGUUAAUAGAUUUUGUAAAAUAGAUAGGGAAAAUGACAUGAGUAAAACUUAACAAAUGCAGGCGCUGACAAAGGAAAUUAAAAAGCUGUUCUGAGAGGCAUCAUGGGCCAACAAUACCAGAAAAAUCCUUCCGUGUUUUUGGUGUCCUGGAAUCAAGGUGGAAUCAAAGCAACAGUAAAGUCAACAUAAGGAAUCUUUUGGAGCCAGCAAAAGUUUGGACUGACCAUUGGCCAUUACUCUAGAACUGCUUUAUUUCAAGGCAUGAUCACCCAGAAACACCAGAAGCUGUGGAUGGUGGAUUUCUUUUUGAGACAAACAUUUGAAGAGCUUUCAUCUAGUAAGUGACCCCAAAAUAGGAAGAAGUCAGUAGCAUUCAUCACCUGUGCAGGAUCCACAGAAGGAGUGCCUGACUGUAAGCUGAAACUGAAGGUACGAUGUGGGAUCAGUGUGACUAAACCAGUGGUGGUACCUUAAGAGUUCAGUCUUGUUCUUCUAAGCAAACAUCUUAAAAUAAACUGUGUGAUGCCCUCCAUGUUGCAGAGAGAGCAGAACCCCUCUUACCCUUCAAGAUGAAUCUAAAGGGGCAAUAUGUGUACAAGCACAUUUUUGGGUGGGUGUGAAGGUUUAUUCCAUGACUGACCAAACAGUUUUCUAUAGAGAAUAAACUGGCAAUGUUAGAUUGGAA